AUGUUUACAGACAUGCUGAAACUCGAGCCGUCCCGCUGUGUGAGAGGCACAGCCGAUCAGACGGACCCCUGGAGCAGUGUCCGGGUAACCCUGCAGGACCAGGCUCUGUGGCAGACGUUCCACGCGGUUGGCACCGAGAUGAUCAUCAACAAAUCGGGGAGGAGGAUGUUCCCUCAGUGUAACAUCAACGUGUCAGGGUUAAUGCCUUUCUCCCGUUACACCGUCAUGGUUGACCUGGUGCCGGCUGAUGGAAUGCGGUACAAGUGGUACAAAGACCAGUGGGCAGUGUGUGGGAAAUCAGAACCACAGCCGCCAUGUGUGACCUACAUCCACCCGGAUUCCCCAGCCCUGGGCACUCACUGGAUGAAGAAGACCAUCCAUUUCCGAAAGCUCAAGCUCACCAACAACAUGCUCGAUCAGUCUGGACAUAUCAUUCUACACUCGAUGCACCGAUACCAGCCCCGCUUCCACAUUGUCCAGGAGGAGAGCCCACUCGCACUCCGAUGGAGCCUGGUGCAAAGCUUCACCUUUCCCGAAACAGUCUUUGUGGCAGUGACGGCCUACCAGAACGAGAAGAUUACAAAACUGAAGAUUGAUCAUAAUCCAUUUGCGAAAGGGUUUAGAGACAUGGAAAUGAAGAACAAAAGCAGCUCUGCCCACCAGCUCCAUCCCAGGAUGGAGGUCAGGAAUCGGCCCUCCUCCGAAGGGCACAGGGCCCACCUGGAUGUCAGUGCUGUGCCAAUGAUGGAGCUCUCCCCUGAUGUAGUGCUCGGCUCCCAGCAAACACAGGACUACCCAGGGCCCUUCAACAUGGCAUUGAACAGUGGGAGCACCAUCAGGGCCAUCAGCCAUGUCCAUGGUCAGACUGCGGGACCUCUUAGCCAAUGGGGUGUCCCUAGACAAGAUCGCAAUGAGCUCCACCCCAACGGGCAGUCCUCCCACCUUGGCAUGGAGUUUGGGUGUCACAGAGUGCCCAGCUACCCUGCGACCAGUGGGGUGAUGGAGUGGAACCCGUACCCAGUCUUCCCAUAUCCCUGUUGGUGA